AUGCCACUUAUCAAGCGCAGAGAAAAGAACCUCAUCCCUCCAGUCGAAUCCGAAAACCGUGGAUCUUCCACCCCUUCCUCUGGAACCUAUCGCUCUAGUGCUUCAACAUAUGUUGCUAGCCGAGACGGAGACCCUUACAGCUCCACUAAAUCAAACUCCUAUCCCACUGAGGACGGUAUCGAUAAUUUUCGAGACAAGUACAGCAGGAGUAACGGUAUUGGAGAUGUUUAUUCUCGGGGGCAUGCUCAGCUAGAUCAAGAUCGCAAUGAACUGUUUGCGGGGUAUAACCCUGAAAAGAGUGCGGGGACCAACAGGUUCUAUGAUGGUCCGGCGAUGGGAGAAGAGGAUGACGAUGAUGUCGAGGGAAUCAAGAAGCAAACUCGAUUUGUGAAACAGGAGAGUGUCAAUUCCACUCGAAAUGCUCUCCGGUUGGCGAGAGAAGCAGAAGAGACUGCGAGAGGUACGGUAGAGAAGUUGGGGGAUCAAUCUGAGAGGCUUGCGAAUACCGAGCGACAUCUUGACAUGUCGAAGAGUCACUCUCAACAUGCUGCUGAUAAAACGGACGAGCUCAAGAAGUUGAAUAGAUCCAUCUUCCGUCCUGUUAUUACCUUCAAUAAGGAUGCGAAACGCCGUGCCAAGGAAGCGCAGAUUCAAGAACGGUACGAGGAAGAACGGGCUGAACGUGAGCGAACUAUGCUUGAUGUUCGUGAAACUCAGAACCGGCUUGGUCGAGCUGCGACUUACGGCCGGGGUGGAGAUGAGGAUGGGGAAGAUUUGAUCGGAGGACCAGGAGGCUCGGGCCGCUUCAGAAAUACAGAAGAAGAACGUAAGGCGCGGAGAGCGCAGAACUCGCGAUAUCAAUUUGAGGCCACCGCUUCGGACGAUGAGAUGGAGGAUGAGAUUGAUGACAAUCUGGAUCAACUCGGCGAGGCAACCAAGAGAUUGAAGGCUCUUGGGAUGGCUAUGGGCAGUGAGCUCGAUACCCAGAAUCGUAGAAUCGAUAAUAUAACCAGCAAGACCGAUCGACUGGAUAGUAAUCUGAGUAAUGUCACUCGAAGGCAAAAGAAAAUCUAA